CUUCACUUCAGUUCUCUCUCAUGGGUCCCAAGCUUUAUGUUAACACAUCCCAUGUUGAUGCCGGGAAUCGGCCUGUGACUGGAAUCCGUCUGUACUUGGAAGGUAAGAAGAGCGAUCACCUGUCAGUCCAUCUUCAGCACCUUUCGACACUCCCGGGGAUCCUCCAACUUUCCGAUGACUCCAGCUGUGAGCCUGAGGAUGAUAGCUUCCUACAAGAACGAGGCUACUUCGAACCUCUCAGGUGGAGUCUAUUCUCCCAUGUGUGCACGGCCCCAGUCCAAUAUAGUGGGGCCUGCAUUGAUGAAUCUGCCUCCAUUGUUACCAAGGCCUGGUUUGAGGUGAAGGAGGUCAGAAUGAAGAAAGUUCUGUUCUUGAGGCUUGGUUUCUCUAUGGUGGCGUCUGCAAAGAUCCGCAGGUCGGAGUGGGAUGGUCCCCCCCACCUGUCUCAUAGUCUCUAA